AUCAGUAUUUGGUGAUGAAGUUCGAAAAGUUAUACCUAUUCCAGUUGCAGUUGAUGAUUAUAAUCACUAUAUGGGCGGAGUACCUUUAUUCUUCUGGUUACUAGACACUGCUAUUAUAAAUUCAUAUUUAAUUUGUAAAAAAUUAAAUAUAGCAGAAGAACAUAAAGCAUUUAGGCUUGCAUUAAUACGAGAUUUAAUUAAAGACUCUUUAAACCCUCUAAAAAGAACAACCCGAAGUGAAGACAACAAUGUACAAAUAAUUGAAAAAGAUAACACCAAUGUCAACAAAAAGUUUCGUGUUUCUGCAAACUUUGAAUUGCCACUAUGUAGAUUAGUUGGUAAUAGUCAUUAUCCUGAAUACAGAGAAAGUGAUAGAGGUGCAUGUUUGUGGUGUAGAUAUCUUUUCAAAAAAGAUAAUGAAACAUAUCAACAAAAUCCUCCACAAUCGCAAAUUUGGUGUAGCGAAUGUAGUGUACC